CAAAAUUCUGUUAAUAUCAAUAAAUAUAAAUAUUUUUAAUAAUAAUGUACUUAAAAUUUAAACAUAUAAGUAUAUUGUUGUAUAGGUUGUAAGUUGUAUGUUUAGUUGAGUUUAGUUAUGUAGGCAAGUACAGGCAAGCAGAUGGCUGCUGAUGAAUAUAUAUAGGUAUAGGGUGUAUAGGGUAUAAUACUAUGUACUAUAGGUACAGUGUACAGCUUUAAAUCUUUAGCUUGCGUUAGUGCGGUGAGUGUAGUUACAUAAAUAUCAAGUUGUAUUUACAUGGUGUUGUUGAUUGAUAAAUGGACAUGAUAAUUAUUAUUUGAUAUGAGAUAAAUAAAAUAUAGACAAAGGAUGUCAUCGGAAAAUAAUAAAGUACAAAAACCUUGUGUUUUUUGCAAUGAUCCUGAAAAUAAUGAGAUAAAAUAUGGUAAAAUUUACCAACAUAAUGAAAUCAUCACUCAUUAUUAUUGCCUGUUAUUGUCAUCAAAUAUGCAGCAAAGAGGAAAAGAUGAAGAAGGUAUACUUGGUUUUUUACCAGUUGAUAUUCAACGUGAAUUAAAUCGAGGAAAAAGGCUCAAGUGUUCGUUUUGUGGUAAAAAAGGUGCAACAUUGGGUUGUGUUAAUAAAAAAUGUAAAAAAGUAUUCCAUUUACCGUGUGGACUUAAAAAUAAUACACUUCAUCAAUUUUUUGAUCAAUUUAAGUCUUUUUGCCAAACUCAUCGACCCAUACAGCAAAUUGAUAUAAGUGUACGUGAUUCAACACCAGAAUGUACAAUGUGUUAUAUUUGUUAUGAUGUUGUAUCACGUAAAGAUAUAUAUAAAACAUUAUGGGCACCUUGUUGCAAAAAAAAUGCAUGGUUUCAUCGUGAUUGUGUUCAACAAUUGGCAUUGAGUGCUGGUUAUUUUUUUAAAUGCCCAUUAUGUAAUAAUAAAAAAGAAUUUCAAACUGCCAUGCAAGAAUCUGGUAUAUUUGUUCCAAGUCAAGAUGCGUCAUGGGAAUUAGUACCAAAUGCAUUUCAUGAAUUACUUUAUCGACAUAAUAGAUGUGAUGCUAAUGAAUGUAAAUGUCCUUUGGGUAGAGAUCACAUCAGUACCAAUAACCCUGAAUGGGAAUUAAUUCUUUGUCGUACUUGUGGUUCACAAGGUACCCAUGUUACUUGUGGCAAACUCAAAUGGCCUAAAAUUUCAUGGGAUUGUAAUGAUUGUCUUUCAAUACUUUCUAAAAAUUUUAACGAAACAACAAGUAAUAAUAAUAAUUAUAAUGCUGCUACUACUACUACUACCAUUGUAACUACUAUUGAUUCUGAUAACGAUGUUGAUAUUGAUGAGGAUGAUGAUGAUGAUGACGAUGAUGAUGACGAUGAUGAUGAUGAUGAUGACGAAGAUGAUGAUGAUUCAGAAUCUGAUAUUUCACUUGGUCAUAACUCAGCAUGUAAUUUAAUUAAUAAAAUAAAUAUUUCAUCAAUAAAUUUAAAACCAGGACCUAGAUCUGCAAAGCUCAAACAACUUCACAAGACUGUUAAAAUAUUACCAGAAUUACCGGCAACAAUUGAACAAUUAAAUAAUAUCCUAGAUGAACAACAAGCUAAAAAUUAUUUUCAACCAAAUGUUUCAACAUCUAAAAAUCAAUCAAAUAACACUAUAAAUAAUUUAAAAAAUAGUCAACAUUAUCAAAAAGAAAUUGAAAAAAAUAAUGAAAAAAAAAAAAAAAAGGAAGAGGAGGAGGAGGAAGAGGAAAUAUCUAUUUUAGAAGUUAAAAAAAUAGAAAAACCUUUGUCAAGAGUUGCAACAUUAACUCAAAAAACAACAUCCAAUUUAUUAAAUAAUAGUGAAAAUGCUAAUAUAAUUGAUGAAAUAUCUUUUAACUCAUCUGUCAAUAAAUAUCCAGAGUUAUCUAUUGAACGGACUAAAAAAUUAGGUUCAGAAACAACUCUAUGCCAACAACGAUUACGAUUAGAUAACGAUAAUAUUUCGUCAAUUUCACAACCUACUACUGCGGCUGCUAUUCCUAAUAUCGAUAUUACUACACAUCAAAUACCUACUUCUCCAAGUGCACUUGAAAAUAAUAAUAAUAAUAAUAAUAAUAAUAUUAAUAAUAACAGAGUAGUUGAAGAUGUUAUAAUAGUCGAGAGUGACGAUGAAAAUGAUCAAUUAUUAUUAACAUCAUCACAAUCAUUACAAAUACCAGUAGUAACUGUAGAAAAUACUUUAUCAUCAUUAUUAGUAAAUAAACAAGUUGAUAAUCAACUUGAUCAAUUUUCAACACAAUCAAAAUUAGUUACAACAACAGAAUCAAUUGAAAUAAAUAAUGAUGUUAUUAUAAACUCCGAAGAUUCUUUAAUGAAUAUUAAAAUAACAGGUGUAACUUCACUACCUCCAGAAGUAUUCGCUCAAGUACCAGAUAUUUCAAACAAUACUACAAAUAAUUCUAUUGAUUCAACAACUUUAAAUCUUACACAAAAUUUAAUAAGUUCUUCUUCUUCUUCUUCUUCUUCUUCUUCUUCUUCUUCUUCUGCUUUAUUCAAUGUAAAUAAUCAUUUUACUAGUACUGUCUUAACGGCUGUACCAGUAACAUCUAUAUUUAACAAAAGAAAAGCUGAUUCUCCAUCAGUAUUAUCAAGAUUAGUAGAUAAAGUUAAUGAUGUUAUUGAUAAGAAUAAUAAAGAAUUAAUGAAUGUAUCUUGUCCAAAAAGACCAAGACAGGAUUUAUCAUCCGAAAGUUAUUAUACUACUUCCAGUACUACUGCUACAACUACUACCAUUAUUACUACUACUCCUCUUACUACAAAUACUUGUACAACUUGUAUAUCUUCAAAUUCAUUAAAUGUUGCAACAAAUAUGAUUACCACCACAAAAUCUCAACAAAAUUAUUUUAAAAAUUAUUCAAAAUCAAUUAAUUCUGAUAUUUCUACGUCAAAUCAAUACAACAAUGGUAUAUCUUUAGCUAAUUCAGCAGUCAUUAAAGUUUAUAAUCAGCAAUAUAUUGUUCCACUUGGUGAAACAACAGAUGAUAGUGCACCUACUAUGUCAAUAACACCUGAACAAACGAUAAUGAGUCUCAAUGAUAUUUCAUCACGAUUAUCUGGACAGCAAAUUAAUUCCGACGGGGAUGCAGGCUCCAAACCUGCUGAUGAACUCACUGUAUGUCCAACCACAACAACGACAACAACACCAUCAUCAUCACCAUCACCAACAACAACAACAACCGAUAUCAUCGUCAAACCCAUACCAGAAUUACAUUCAUCAGCAACAGGGGCAACCAGUGCCACUGAGACAUCAGAGCUAUCCACAACACCAACAGCAACAACAACAGCCACAGCAACAGAAUCAGCUUUAUUCUCCUCCAUCGAGUUAUUACAAAAAUUAUCAAGCCUGUCAAAGAUAUCAACAAAAUCCCCAGAUGAUGAUCCAGGUGCAGCCAGAACAAGGAUUACAAUUCCACGAACAAGAAAAUACGAUCAUACAAUCUCCGAUCAAACCAAUGACAACACCAGAAGUAAUAGAUUUGGAUUAAUAAAACAUAAAGUAUCAUUACGUGAUUUAAAAUUUCGUGUUUGUUCUGGUAAUUCCAUUGAGAUAACUAUGGAUGAUAAUUAUAGAAUGAAUGUAAAUUUAGAUACCGCGAUAAAAUCUUCAAUUAAUGGUCAACGUUUACGUUCAGGGCGUAGUGGUGUUUGUCUUGUCAAGCCAAGGUCUUCGCGGGUUCGUGGACCUAAAUCAAAACGUAAAAAUCAUGAAGAUUGUGUAAAUUAUAAUUUAACAACUAAUAAUGAUGAUACUAUCACUGUAGUUAAUAACAGUUUAAUAUUAAGUAAAAAUGAUGAUAGUGCUUCCAAUGAAGAAAUAAGAGACAGUAAUAAUAUUUUAUUAUCAUUAAAUUCAACAAAAACAACAACAACAACAACAUCAAUACCAGCGGCAUCUUAUUCUGCGAGUAAUAAUAAUGAAUGCAAUUUAGUAAAUAAUAAAAAUUAUAACAAUCAAAGUCAUCAGAGAGACACAGCUAAAGAGAAUCUUGUACCUGAUAAACUUUAUCAACAAUCCAAUAAUACUAUUGAUUCUCUGGCAAAACACGAUAAUAAUAAUGUUAACAUUAAAAAAAGUCACGUUGAAUUUAUUAGACGUAAAUUACGAUCAUCAAAACAUUUUAGUGACAUUGAUGAAAAUUUUACAGACACAUCUUAUAAUAAUAAUAAUAAUUCUAAUAAUAAUAAUAAUUCUAAUAAUAAUAAUAAUAAUAAUAAUAAUAAUAAUAAUAAUAAUAAUAAUAAUAAUAAUAAUAAUAAUGACGAUGAUGAUGAUGAUGAUGGUAUACGUUGCCAUGUUAGUAUUGAUUUAAAUCGUAUUAAAUCACUGAUUGAUUUAAAACCAAAUCUUUUUAUAAAAAAAACACGUAGUUGGGAUAAACUAAUAAAUUUAAAUGACAAUGAAUUAAAUUUAAAAUUUAAUAAUUCAAUCAGUGAAAGAAACAGAGGUUUAAAACGUAGUUAUAGUUUUGAUAAUAUUUCGUCAUCAAAUCAUUAUAAAUUUAUAACUCCUACUACUAUUAAUAUUACUACUGCUAAUAAUACUGUUACAACAACAAUAACAACAACAACAACAAUGACUAAUUUAAGUGAUAAUAAUACGUUUUCAUCAGAAAUAAUGUUUGAUUCCCAACAAAGUAAAAAAAUAAAAAAACGACGACGGAGUUUUAAAAAAAGUAACCGAGUUAGGUAAAUAAAUAGAUAAUAAUAUUAUUAUUAUUAUUAUUAUUAUUAUUAUUAUUAUUAUUAUUAUGUAUAUAAUAAAUAUUUGAUUUAAACGUAAAAAAACACAGUGUAUUUUAAUGUUAUUUAUUCAA